CUCUUCUCUCGUGAGGCCACGUCGCUGGUUUGUAACAUCCGUCCGAUCUGCAGCAGGAGCAAUCCAGGUGUUUGGCUUUACGACUCGGCGGGGGCAUCUGGAACUCUCUCGGUUCGGAUCGAAGCGACGCGAUACAUGGUUCCUGUUCUUAUCCAUACUCUCCUGUCGCAAUCCAUCCCCCAUCCGUCUCCAAUCCCACGACCCUGCCCCUUCCCCGGCAGCCUUCACCCGCCCGCCCCGUCCGCGCCGCCGGCCACCCUCUCCCCUGCCUCUCGGCUGCUCGGCGGCCGGUCCUGCUGGCGGAUCUGAUCGGCGCGUCGCCUCUCCGUCUCCACCAGCCGCUGCUCCGCUCCGCGACCGGCCUUACCGAUGCCUAGCCCGGGUGGCCAGGACGCAUCGCCUCUUCCUCUCCCCGGCGGUGGUCGGUCGGCGCGGCCGCGUGGGGCGUAUCCCGCCGCCGGACCAGGAUGUCCUGCACGCUCGACGCGACAGCCGACGGCACGAAUCGUCGCCGCCGGCCUCUCCGCUACUCCGCCUCACCUCUCCGCGACUCCUCAGCUCUGUCAGUUCGUCUCAGCUCUCCGCGACUCCCGAGUCCCGGCCUUGGCGCGACAGGCGACGGUGCGAGUCAGCGUCGCCGGCCUCUCCGCAACUCCGCCUCGGCUCUCAGCGACUUCCGAGCCGGCGACCCCGACUGCUUCCAUCUCCAGUUCCCCGUCCGCCUCCAGUGGUCGACUGCUCUGCUCCGACCUCGAUUUCAUUUGUUCAUUUAGAGGAAUUUUAUUUUCGGAUGCAGUUCGCACAGCCAUCACAAUUCAAGUCCCGCAGGUGGCAAAGCAAUUCAUCAAGAACAAGCUGAAGCCAUGCUGCUACAGUUUUGACCCGAACGGCUACUGUGGACGAGGAUGGAGGCGCCCUCUGUAGCGUCUGCUCCCACCAUGAGAAGCACUUCUUCUGGGACGACGUGCACCCCACUCAGGUUGGAUGGGAGGUUGUCAUGGGGCAGCUCGAAAAGGACAUCAAGGAUUUCCUCCACAUUACCAUAUAUAUAUAUAUAUAUAUAGCCAGAGCUAAUCUCUACCCUGGGUAUGGAAUAGUUAUUCCGUACCCGAGCCAACCCAGCCACACCGUUCCCAACCCGCGCUCCGUCCGUCGGCGCCCGCAGUAGCGCGCCAGCGCCCUCCUGUGUCCGAUUUUUUUGCGCGUGGGACGCCCACGAUGGUGGACGAAGCGGCUAGCGCCUGGUUUUCUUUUUCCACGCCUGCACGUGUCCGUCUCAUCGUUGCUUCUUGUUUGUAAAUGCUGGAAGAUGCAUUUUUAUGGAGACGUGACAGAGGUUGUCUCUAAAUGGGGAACUCAAUACCAGUUUUACAUUAUUUUUCUAAAUGAAAAAGCUAAUGGUGUGGGUCGUUUUCUCACACGUGUCCCCAUCAAUAUGUUA